CAAACAGUCUUCGAAGCAUGUGUGGGAUAAGUCGGCGGCUUGAUUGAGCCUCCAAUUUCAGGGGUCUCUCCUGAACUGUGUGCCUCACUCCCUAGCAAUUUGGCCCCUAUAUCAAAGUGCGGCACGCAAGGGAGAAAACACUGCGUCAUGUAAGCCAUGAGACGGCGCCGGUUGGUGGGCUGACUACUGCGGCCCUAGCGGAUUUAGACGCCUCCACCCCGAUCCUUCAUCGGGGUUAAGAUCGCCGGGCUGAGAUUGCUAAUAAUCCAACAAGAUUCAAAUAAAAAAAGAUCGAACGAAUCCUUCAGGUCGCCUUGCUACUACGAUGCGUUGUUCCCUUUUAUGAGCCUGGCUGCUCUCUCUGGUCCCAGACUCGAGGGGAUGCAGGCCAGCAACAGAUGUGGCAGUCAUGGUUGCGGUCACUGACGCCAAUCGGUCCCCUAUCAUAGGGAUCCUAGCCUUGCUUUUCGCCGUAAUCUCGACAUUGUCCGGGGCUGCACGGCUGGGCAUCAAAUAUGCCAUCACUAGAAAACUCACGGUAGAUGAUCACCUGAUCUCUGUGUCAAUGGCCUUCAGUGUGCUACAGACAAUAUGUAUUACCAUUGCCGCGCGUAAUGGCUAUGGAGAGGCAGAAAGUGCUUCCUCACAGGAGCGAAUUGAUAUAGCUCUGAAGGUACACUAUCCAAAUUCUCCUGCUAAAUUUGUCGCUGACGUAGUGCAGUCUGUCUAUGCCGCAGAAAUGCUAUACGUGGCAAGCUUGACUUUCUCCAAAUUGAGCGCCCUGGCAUUUAUGACAUUUCUCAUGCAGCGCACCCGCAAGGCUGAAUGGGUACUCAUUGCAUUGAUCAGCGCCUGGGCCGUGGCGGCGGAAUUCGCCGUAGCUUUCCAAUGCAAUCUUCCGCAGCCGUGGAGAUGGAAUCAGAAGAGGUGUUUCAAUCGAGAUGCAUGGUGGAUGGUUUUCGGGGCGUUCAACAUCCUAAGUGAAGUCGCCCUGAUUCUAGUACCUAGUAUGCUCAUACUCCGGAUUCAAAUGGCGGUUCCUAGGAAAAUAGUUGCCAUCGCCUGCUUUCUCACUCGCUUCUUGGUCAUCGUUGCGAUCAUUCUUGAGCUUGUAUAUCGCCAUCAAAACAAUCACGCCUUAGACCCCUUGCUGGCAAUUUGGAAGGCUGCCGUCUGCGUCCAGCUAGUACAGUGUCUGUCAAUUGUCAUGGCCUGCGCUCCGCACCUGAAGCCGUUCAUGGACGGAUUACAGUCCACUGGGCUCCGAUUAUACUACCUUCCAGGCGAGACGUCUGAGCGCGGAGAGUACACUCGCGUGAGCAAAGCGAAGGCUGCUGCACACGAGCUUAGCGGGCACGUUGGGGUAGCCAACAGCACCGCUGUCUCCGCAGGGAGGGAACAGCAGGAUUGGGACGAUACUAUGAGCCACUCCAGCCAGGAUCAUAUCAUUCGAGAGACUAGAACCUGGGUCGUAGAAGAGCAGUAUAACCCGGAUGCUGCGACAAACCAACCGAUAGACAGUGAGUCCAAUGGCAGUCAUGGACUACACGAAUCAAUUAGCCAUUAG